AUGGCGGAUCUAAGUCUACGUCCCGAGGCCGAAGAUACACUGAAGAAAUAUCCUCAUCCCCCACCCAAGCCUGGCAAUGCGUCGGCUAUCUUCCAUCAGACAGAUCUCGCCGACUGGUCACAGAUCAACAAACUGUGGGAUGCGGCACUUGAGACAUUUGAAAGAGUUAACCUGCUCAUCAAUGGGGCCGGAAUCUAUGAUCCCCCGUUGAGCGACUUUUGGAACCCUCCUGGAAUCUCGCCUCUGUCUCGAGACCAAGCCGAUGCCAAGGUCGGCAUGUAUCAGGCCUACGCUAUUAACACCAUUGCCCCCGUUAGACUUGCCCAGAUCGCCAUUGAAUACUGGUUGCGUCCCGAAAACCGGCAUCUGUCAGGCAACAUCCUCUGGGUCGCUAGUAUGGCGGGCUACGUUCAUGGCCUCAUUACGCCGUUCUACUACUCGAGCAAGGCUGCCGUUGUCAGCAUGUGCAAGUCUCUUGGCUCUUUGAACAAGAUUGCCGGCAUCAGGAACGCCGCAAUCUGUCCGGGAGUUGUCGACACCCCUAUUUUCCACGCUUCCUACAGCCGAGAGCGCGUACAUGCCGACGACUUGAUGCUCAGCGUUGACGAAGUAGUCAAUGUGGCCAUAUCUGCCAUCUGCGACCCCAAGUAUGGCGACGGGAACAUUAUCGAGGUGUUCUGCGGAGGAACGAACGAAGAUCACAAAGUCACCGUUCGGGAUGUACCUUUGGAAAGCUUGUACGAUGCUGAGGGCAUGAAGGGCCUGGCCGCUGGAACUCAUAUUCUUGACAAGCAGGACGAAUUCGAGCAGAAGUUGAAGACGAGAGGUUUGGACUUUCCUUCAAAGAUCUAG